AUGAACAGCAGUGGACCAGCGUAUCCCCUUGCAUCUUUGUAUGUGGGAGACCUGCAUCCUGAUGUUACGGAGGCCAUGCUCUUUCAGAAAUUCUCUCCUGCUGGACCCAUCAUGUCAAUCCGUGUGUGCCGGGACAUCAUCACCCGCAGAUCUCUGGGAUAUGCCUACAUUAACUUCCAGCAACCAGCUGAUGCGGAGUGCGCCCUCGAUACAAUGAACUACGACGUUAUCAAGGGCCGGCCUAUCCGAAUAAUGUGGUCUCAGCGAGACCCGGGACUCAGGAAGUCUGGUGUGGGAAACAUCUUUAUCAAGAACAUGGAUGAGUCUAUUGACAACAAGGCACUGUAUGACACCUUCUCAGCCUUUGGCAAUAUUUUGUCCUGCAAGGUUGUUUGUGAUGAGAAAGGAUCCAAAGGCUAUGGCUUCGUACACUUUGAGACUCAUGAGGCUGCAAACCGGGCUAUUGAGACCAUGAAUGGGAUGCUGCUGAAUGAUAGGAAAGUCUUUGUCGGCCACUUCAAGUCCCGCAAGGACAGAGAGGUGGAGCUUGGCACCAAAGCUAUGAAGUUCACCAAUGUCUACAUCAAAAACUUUGGUGAAGACUACACUGACGAGAAACUCAAGGAACUCUUUUCUGCAUUUGGGAGGACUCUCAGUGUGCGGGUGAUGAAGGACGAGAGGGGCCGUUCACGAGGAUUCGGCUUUGUAAACUAUGCUAACCACGAGGAUGCUCAGAAGGCAGUUGAUGAAAUGAAUGGAAAGGAGAUCAGUGGGAAAAUCAUCUAUGUAGGUCGGGCUCAGAAGCGGCUGGAGCGCCAAGGAGAGCUCAAGCGCAAGUUUGACCAGAUCAAACAGGACCGAAUCCAACGCUAUCAGGGGGUGAAUCUGUACGUGAAGAACCUGGACGACAGCAUAAAUGACGAGAGACUCCGGAAGGAGUUUGCCCCUUAUGGCACCAUCACCAGUGCCAAGAUCAUGACAGAUGGCUCCCAAAGCAAGGGCUUUGGCUUCGUCUGCUUCUCUUCUCCCGAGGAGGCGACAAAGGCAGUAACUGAAAUGAACGGGAGGAUUGUAGCAACCAAACCGCUGUACGUGGCUCUGGCUCAGCGGCGGGAGGAACGUAAAGCCAUCCUCACUAAUAAAUACAUGCAGAGGCUGGCUACCUUGAGGACCAUGACCAGUCCGAUCAUUGACUCGUACCAGCAGGCUGGAUACUACAUGACUGUACCACAGCCUCCCACUCGCUCCUUCUACAACCACAACGCUGUCAGCAGCAUGCGACCAGUACCACGCUGGACAGGACAACCACCCAGACUUCAGGGCCCCUACACAACCCAGUUUGUCGGUAGUUCUGGUCCCCGACGUGGAUCCACCCCCAUCGCUACAGUCAGACAGGCCUCCACCCAGGCGCCGCGCAUCGUCAGCUCCACACAAAAGACAAAUAACAUUGGGACCCAGACUGUAGGAGGGCGUACUGACAUGCCUGCAGUGACCAGAAGCAGCCAGUACAAGUACUCGUCUGCAGUGAGAAAUGCCCAGCAGGUCAUUGCUGUACCUGCAGCCAUGACAAGACUACAGGUCGUUCCUGCACCUGUGAUGGAGCCACCGCUGCACAGCCAAGGCCAGGAGCCGCUCACCGCCUCGAUGUUGGCUGCAGCUCCGCUCAUGGAUCAGAAACAGCUUCUAGGGGAGCGAUUGUACCCACUGAUCCAUGCCCUUCACCCAAACUUGGCUGGAAAAAUCACUGGGAUGCUGCUGGAGAUCGACAACUCGGAGCUUCUGCACAUGCUGGAGUCGUCCGAGUCGCUGCACUCUAAGGUGGACGAGGCAAUUGCUGUCCUGCAGGCUCACCAGGUGAAGGAAUGCUCUCCUAAGAAGUAA